CUGUACAGUCAGAGAAGAACCCAAAAUGAGAACACACAAGACACAAGCACACUAAAGUAUACUAAGAAGGAAAGAGAAAACUGCGUGGACAAGACGCAAAACCUCUGGUUUGGAAAGUAAAGCAUUUGAGAAGCAUUUUGUGUUGGAAUUCUACGGAAAAAGUUAACAGACGAGGAUAAAGUAUUUAAGAAGGACUGUGAAGUAUUUCUGCUACUGUAUUUCUGGAAGUCUACUGAAGAGAAUAAGACAGAAAGUCUUAUCUUGCCUGCAUUUGGGGUUUUUUUCUGCAUUUUUCCUUCAUCUCCUCCUAAGCUCGGAGCAGCGGGGGAGGCCAAAGCAUAGUUAUAGCAGUAAUGAAGUACAGCUGCCAGAACCUUGUGUCUCAGUACACACGUCCGAGCACAUACACCCCAACACACUACACCCCUACCUAUUAUACUCCGAAGCACUAUUCCACCACCUCCUACUCUCCAAGCCACUACAGCACAGCAAAGUACAUGCCAAGCUACACGCCACCGGCUUACACCCCAGCUUACAAAAGCACUUCUUCCUCCUACAAGUCUGUCUACAGCAAGUCUUCACGACAUGUCAGCAACCACGCUACACCCGUACAGCAGACUCCCAUCGCAACGAGCAAGCCUGCUCGGACUGUCCGCUUCACCAAUGAUGUCAUCUUCCAGGACUAUGUACGCCAUGGAGAUCUGGAAAUGAUUGGCCGCUUUAUGAGAGCGAGGAAAGUGCGAGUGGAUACAAUCUUCCAUUCUGGCAUGGCAGCUCUCCAUGAGGCUGUACUCUCAGGGAACUUGGAGUGUGUGAAGCUCCUGGUAAAAUAUGGAGCUGAUGUGCAUCAAAGAGAUGAGGAUGGUUGGACACCUCUGCACAUGGCCUGCAGCGAUGGCUACCCUGAGAUUGCACGGUAUCUACUUUCUCUAGGUGCUAGUGCAGAAGCUGAGAAUUCAAAUGGUGAGAAACCAGCAGAUCUUAUUGACCCUGACUGCAAAGACCUGGUCAAACUGUUUGAAGUGGGCUGUGUUUAAGGGCCAGCAUGAGAAAAUCCAAAAGAACUGUAAGGAAACAGUUCCUCUGGACUCAAUCUGUCAGGAGAAUGGAACAAUCAAAGUAGCUUCUGGUUAUUGUUUGUUUUUUUUUAGAGAGAGAGAACUGAAAUUGGAGCAAGGACAUUCAUUUCUUUUAUUUUCUAGAAGGAUAUCUGUAAGUGAAACUGUAUGUAUUUGACGCUUUCCUUUACAUUUUCUGUAUACUUCUUUAUAUUGCCAUGUAUCAGUACUUUGGUCCGGCUAAUCCCCCUUCCCUACCAUGCCAUGAAGUUGCUGCACACAUACUAUCCCCUCUGAGUGUCUGAAUACAGUGCGACCUUCUCUGGAGCUCGUAUUACACUGCACCCUGACGGCAAACCCAGCCGUCUCGUUUCAUCAAUGCAAGUACGUCAUCCUGUUCAAGCCUUAAGUUUAGAGCAGGACAACUCUCAUAUAAAGUCACACAAGGAAUUAUUGUUAUGUUCACAGAUCUGUUAAUGACUUCUACACAAUUCUGAGAAGAAAGUACUUGUUAAAACAAUGUAAAUGUACUGGCAUGGGUUUGACCUGUACGCUGUUUAGGACAGCAGUGUGUCUCUUGCCUGCAGGGCAGCUUGAGACAACACUGAAAACAUGUACUGUACGUUUUAAUGCUAGAAUUUGUAUAUGAGCAACAUAAUAUACGUUCUGUACUGCUAAAAGUGAGUGCACUAUUUCUACAGACUUGUGGAAUUUCUUGUGUAAAGUCUUAUGUUUUUCCUCUUUUUUACUGAUUUCAUAAAUAAAGGUGCUUUUUAAUGCUUA